AUGGAAGAAGCUAGAGCCGGUAAAAGCAACAACAGUAAAGAUGAUGAGCAUUCAAGUGCGAAAGAGCAGUUGCCUCUACCAACGCUUGCUACGCUAGCAGCUAGGGCGACAGCCAGAGUCCAUGUAAUUACCGAAAAGCGCGAAGGCAUAAAGACAGCAGCUACACCAAUAACAAAAACAUCAACUGCUAUGGAACACGCCACUUCAACAACACCAGCACCAUCAGCUUUCGAUCCAAUGGCAAUAAUCAACCAAGUAAUCGUAGCACAGCUGGGAGCGGAGUCCAAUGAUAAACCAUUAAGCCAAAAAUCCGAUGAUUCCGAUUGUACGCUACAGUCUGAUCAAUCGGAGUGCAGUGCACUGAAGACAUUAGCGACCAUGCAAUUGGCAGAAGAUGGCAAAAUAUUUGCGGGCGAACAUACUCUAGACCGGAUUUUGUUGGAGCAUUCUGAGCAAACGAUAACAACGGCGCGCGUCGAAUUGGAUUGCAAUACAAGUCGUGCGACGCGGGAAUUGAUGCUGCAAGCUGGUAGCGGCGGUGUCAUGAAGAGCUUAGCUGCGGUUAGAGAUGCCACUAUGGCAGCUAAGGCGGAAGGUGGUGAAAUGGCGGCAAGCGGAGCGAGUGGCAGUGGUGAGGGUCCGCCACAGACUACACCCACGGAGUCGGUACGUUCGAUUGGUUCGCUAGUUUGCCGCAUUUGUCAUAAUUCGGAGAAUCCAGAAAGAUUAGUUUCGCCAUGUUUGUGCAAGGGAUCGCUCACAUAUGUGCACAUUCAUUGCCUGGAGCGUUGGAUUAGCACCUCGAGGAGCACUGUUUGUGAGCUUUGUCAAUUUCAGUACAAUACCGUGCAGACACUGAGAUAUACUUGCCUUCAAUCGCUGCGUAUGUGGUAUUCACGCUCUAUGAGUCGACGUGCCUUGCAGGAAGACUGUCAAAUGUUUUCGUUGCUCACUUUGGUGGCCUUCGGCAUUAUUGGUACUCUACUCGUUGGUAUUCAAUACUAUUUUUUGCAAGGACAAGCCUGGGGACUAAGUCGUAUGUGGACCAAGGGUUGGCUUGUAUUCUUUCUGUUUACAACGUUGACCAUAUAUUUCAUAAAUAUUUAUAUGAUACUUAAAUCGCAGCUGAGCCCCUGGUAUCGAUGGUGGCAAUCGGCUCGUGACAUCAAGCUAAUACUGGAAAACCGCAAACCCUUCCAAUUUCGCCCCAAUCGACGAUUACAAAAUCAUCAACUCGCACAGGAGCUCUCUGACAUGGCACAACAACAACAACAGCAACAAAAUGCUGGCGCUGCAACAGCACCAACAUGCGUCGCACCACGGGCGACACCCAAUCCCACAACACAACAACCCUACCAGCCAAAUCAACCAAUACAGCCAACUACAGCUGUCUUCAGCACAACGUUGCACGUAAAUAAUGUACCAAUGGCACAUGCAAACACUUGCCAUCACCUGCCCAUCUGGCUUAAUAGUAUUGAGUUGCAAUGCAGCGAGUUUAACAACGACGAUGAUGUAAUGCGUUGUUGCGGAAAAAGACCGCUGGCAAAGGCUAGCAGUAGAGGCGUUGCGGUGGCAAUGCAUUGCCCUAAACUAACAACGGCUGCCACAAUUGAGAUACCGCUCGUAGGUCGACCAUACCAGCUCGAAACUGUGCUGUAAGCGUGAAAUGUGAAAAUGGUAGCGAAGCGUAGAGGGUAACAUAACUGACAGACAGUUCGUUAAUGUCAGAGAUGGCAGUGCGCUUUGACGGGCUGUAUGGAAUAUAAUCGAAAACGCAUUUGCAUUACCGUUACCAUUAACGUAACUGCAGUUGAGUUUCUAAUGUCAAGAUGUGAUUUUGCUGGAAUUUUGUCAUAAACGAAAUUGAAUACUUGUGUAGUGGAUGGGAGGUGAGUGUUUGCAAUUUGAGAUAACUAUAAAAUUAUAUGCGUAGAAAAUUA